GUUCCGAAGCCUGUGUUUCCUGACGGCAAACCGGAGUCAAGAAAGAGACAGAAGAGUAUGGCGAUUUCUGAGAGCCACAUCCUGGGAGAUUCGGUCUUCCACUUGACAGCCCGUGGAGUGCUCGCUCCACAAGUCCAACCCCAAGUCGUCGUCCGGAUUCGCGUCACCUACUUCGACUGUUCGGCCGACACCCUCUCCAUCGUCCCCACCACGAUCCAUCGCUUCCAUCUGGGCCAGAUCCCGUUACCCAGGGCUCUUCCGGUGAUCGUCUCCUUCAUGGCAACCCACAACCAUGGCGUCCAUCAACCAACUUGCCCGCUCUGCGACGUCCUGCUGCGCCGCUUCUCAUCCCGAGUCGCAGCGGAGAUGACGGCCGUAUCGGCGCUCGAGCUGCUCGUCCACGUGGGCCUGCUCCUCGGACCCGCUGAGUCGAAUGGAGACGUCGAAGUCAUGCAUGACUGGAUGCUGGAGAAUCCUCCGGAGGAAGAGGAGGAGAUGGCUGGGGAUGUGUAUGAUUAUGUUCUUGAUGCCGGCCAUGGUGGAUCAUAUGGUGUGCCGGCAGGUGGUCCUUGUUUUGAGAGGCUGCAGCGUUUCACAUAUGGCCGAGGAGACGGCGUUCGGGAGGAGGAGUGCGUGAUAUGCUUGAUGGAGUUUGAUGCCCAGGCGGAGGUGAGCAGGAUGCCCUGUUCACAUACCUUCCACAGCCGGUGCAUCAUCCGCUGGCUGGAGAUCGCUAACAUCUGCCCUAUCUGCAGAUCCCAGAUGCCGACGGCCAGCUCCAAUUGA